AGCAGGAUAGCUCUCUUCUUUCGCCACUUCCCUCUCCCAACACCAGUUCUUCGCACCUACAAUGUCUACUGAUAGCACAGUGAUCCUCGGCGCCGGCAUCAUAGGCGUAGCCACAGCCUUCUACCUGUCCGAGCCCUCCUCUCAUUCAGGCACGAUCCAUCUCGUGGAAGCCGCUCCCGAGCUGUUCGCCUCUGCAUCUGGGAAAGCUGGCGGACUCGUAGCAGAAGAUUGGUUCGGACCAGCUACAGCGGAGCUUGGAGAGCUGAGUUUCCGUUUACAUCAGGAACUGGCGACGAAGUAUGAUGGGAGAAAACAGUGGGGAUAUGCUAGGACUACGGGGACGAGCGUGGUUGUCGGGAAGAGCAAGCGGAAGAAAGGGGAGAAGUGGCUGGAGCAAGGUGGAAGUCGAGCUGAGGUCGCCGCCGGAGAGCGAGUAGAACACUACGCUGAAGGUGAAGGACCAGGAUGGAUGCGCAAGACAAGAGGUGGGAAGGUGGAAGUGCUGAGUGAAGAAGGCGGGAUGGCGCAGGUUGAUCCGAAGAGGCUAUGUGGAUUUCUGCUCGAGAAGUGCUUGGAACGAGGCGUGGAGCUGCAUCAGCCAGCGCGGGCAAAAGGAAUCGAAAGAGAUGAUGACGGGGCACCGGCUGCGAUGGUCGUCGAGAAUGCUGAUGGGGAAGAAUCGAGCAUACCCUGCACUCGAUUGCUGAUCACAGCCGGAGCAUGGACAUCGCACGUCUUCUCUAAGCUAUUUCCAGACGCAGUGACACGCAUUCCGGUCAGCCAACUUGCAGGUUACAGCUUAGUUGUUCGCUCGCCUCGGUGGACUGCGGAGCAGGAAGCUUCUGGCUGCCAUGCGGUCUUUGCGAGUGCCUCUGAGGCUUGGUUUCCUGAGAUCUUCAGUCGUAUGGGAGAAGAGAUCUACAUUGCUGGACUCAAUGAUCCUGGCCUGCCUGUCCCGGAUUUGCCUACGAAUGCGAAGGUGGACACCCAAGCGGUUGAGGAGUUACGACGGGUGACGGAUAACAUGAUAGGAGACGACUAUGAAGUGAUCAGACAGGGAAUUUGCUUCCGACCUGUCACCAGGAGCGGCAAUCCUAUCCUUGCGAGAAUACCUGACGACAAGCUGCAUGCAGAUUCUGGGGCAGCUUUACCAGGAGGUGUGUUCUUAUGUGCAGGACACGGACCUUGGGGUAUUAGCUUGAGUCUCGGAACAGGCAAAGUCAUGAGCGAAAUGCUGCUUGGGCAAAAACUAAGCUGUAACGUGAGCAGCCUCGGGUUGAUAUGA